AAUGAAACGGUCGCAACGUUGGCUGUAGCGGAAAGACAAGUUUGAGAGUCGGACCGGAACCGGAUGUUAGAAAAUAGUUUGGGUUUGAACCGAACUGAACCAACAAAAAAAAUCAACAUGGCAAAAACUAACUCAGAUCGUGUUCUGUGGACUUGUACGCGAUAGGGUGUCACACUGAAAAACGUGACGGACGAGAACUGCGUUACAAGUGUAUGCCGCUUGAACAAGUAACCAGGGAUACUAAACAUCCGCUAAUAUUUGCGCCAUGAAUCCAGCCAAUCCGUUUGGAAGUCCACAAGGUGGAGCUUUCCAGGCCCCAAGCAACACUUUGAAGACUGGAUUGUUCAGUCAGUCAUUUGGACAGCAAAACUCUAGCAAUCAGCCCCAGCCUAUGGGAUUUUUUCAACCAUCAGCUUUUGGACAGACUUCUGUCGUAAAUCAGCCCUCACCUCAAGGAAACACCAUCUUUGGACAGACCCCUGCUUUUGGACAGACGUCUACACAGCCCACCUCACUGCCUACAAUUAGCCAGACUCCAGCAUUUGGACAGCAAUCAUUAGAAAUGAGUAGCUCUGGCUUUGGUGGUAGCACUGCACCACCUUUUGGACAGACUACUGCACCAAACCAGAGUUCAGUCUUUGGCCAGACACCUUCAUUCGGGCAGCCAUCUGCAUUUGGGCAGGCUCCAGGAUUUGCCCAGCAGGCCCCAGGAUCGGUCAAACUGCCACCACCAGGGUUUGGCCAACAGCCCUCUGGGUUUGGAAACUCCCAAGUGGCUUCUGGCUCUACCACUACCAUAGGGCAACCUCAGCCACAGGGUUUCGGACAGUCUGUGUUUGGACAGACGUCAUCUUCAAGUGUCACCACCGGUGGAUUUGGAACAGCUCCGAGCGUGGCCCAGAGCCAAGGCUUUGGAUCAUCCAAAUACAGUUUCAAACCCAUCUUUAGUGCCAGCCCUGAGCCCGCUAACCCUCAAAGUACUUCGAUGUCCAGCUCACCUUUUGGCAGUAGUGUGUCCCAGACAACCUCCAGCACCAUACAUAGCAGCACCACCACCUCUGGCUUCUCUCUGUCGACCGGGGCCAAUUCUGCGCAGCUGGGUUUCAGCUUCUCACAGCCAGCUGCAGCCCCCUCUAUCUCUGCUCAUAACAAUCCUCUAACAACUGACAAUAGCAACACACCUUCCAACACACUGCAGUUCACCUUUUCCCAACCAGCCGCCCCCUCAAGCUCCAGCACUAAGGCAUCUGUUACCGAGCCUACCACUCCAUCGUCUUUCAGCUUUUCAGCCAAAGCCCUCCAGCCCCAGGCAACACCCCUUUUUGGAGGAACCAAUUUUGGUGAGCCCCCAGCUUAUAGCGACACCAAAGCUAAAGCAGAGACAGAGGAAAAAGGCAGCAACCUCGAGGGCCUAAGAGACACAAAUGUAUUUGCACGACUUGGCAAAGGCACCAAGCGCAAGGAAGACCCAGCAGUCCCCAGUACUGACCAGGAGAAUCCUACCACAGGAGAGGAGGAUGAGGAAGUUCCAGCAGAAGCAGAUUCACCAAGACAUCCUUCAAAGAGACCCCUAAUGAGGUCCCGCGGCCCACCAGUAGGCUUAUUCGGGAGGGCGUUGAGUGGUCUUCGCAAAGAUAGUACCAACCCAGUGAGGCGCGAGGCCACAAAGGAGACAGAGAGGGAAGAAGUCCAAGCUCAGGGUGACGACCUUCCUACGACACCACCUACAGCGCAACCACUGACCAGGGAUGUGCUUGAAAAAGCUGAGGAGUCAGACUCAGCAAAAGCCCCAGACUCGAACCUCAGCACAGUCACGACUCCUGUGAGACGUAGAGCACGCAGGGAGAGCUCAGAGAGCUUAAGCGGCAUGUCUCCCACCGACUGCACCACCAUCCAGUGCAGGAAUUUAACACCAACCCUCAACAGGAAGGACGUGCUCGAGAAGCACUUUGGUCGUUUCGGAAGAGUCCGUAAGGUCUUCUGCCGCACUGGCAAGAACCUGGCCAUAGUCCACUUUGAUGAUCAUGCAUCAGCAGCAAAGGCAAAGAAGAAAGGCAAACUGCUGCAGAGACAGGAACUCCUUCUCUUGUGGCAGAGAAAGAAGCAGAGUCCAGGGGACAAAGAGAGCAGACCUGGAGCAGGAAGAGAGGAGGGAGAGGGAGAAAGUCCGGAGGACACCGGGUCCAAGGCGGCUUCCUCCCCACUCAGAAAACCUGCACUCAGAGGUCCUGCAGUCGGCAGCAUCAUGGCCUUCAGCCGCAGUUCUCCAGUGAAGAAGUCAUCAUUAGCCAAGUCUCUGCAGUUUGACACUGAACCCCAGAAAGAGAGCAGCACAGAGGCCCAGAGCUCAGAGCGUCCUGUCCCCUCCUCCCUCCUCCACCUCAUUGGCCAGCUGGCUGGGACCGCUGAGGACAAGUUCCGCCUCCUGGAGCAGAGAGACAAGAUCCUGCGUCAAGGUCGACCCAAGAGGACGGACCUGGACCUGUCCAAGGUGUUUGUGGGGACGUGUCCUGACAUGUGUCCAGAGAAGGAGAGGUACAUGAGGGACACGCGGAAACAGCUGAGCGUGUUCGAGGUCUUCCCAGAUACUGAGAUGGUGGAUCACUCAGCAGCCAUCAAGGAGUACAGCCGCUCAUCAGCCGACCAGGAAGAGCCCCUGCCCCACGAUUUGCGCCCCCUGCCUGUGCUCAGCAUGACCAUGGACUAUCUGGUGACCCCGAUCAUGGACCAGGGCCAUGACAACUACCGGGACUGGUAUGACUUUGUGUGGAACAGGACCCGCGGCAUCCGCAAGGACAUCAUCCAGCAGCACCUGUGCUGCCCACACACAGUGUCGCUGAUUGAGAAGUGCACACGCUUCCACGUGCACUGUGCUCACCACCUCUGCGAGGAGCAUAUGUCAGCUUUUGAUGCCAAAAUUAACAACGAGAACAUGACAAAGUGCCUCCAGAGUCUCAAAGAAAUGUACCAGGACCUGAACACGCGCCACAUCUACUGCCCCCUGGAGGCAGAGUUUCGCCAGUACAGUGUGCUGGUGAAACUCAACGACGGUGACAUCCUACGUGAAGUGCAACAGUUCCGUGACGAGGUGCGCAAUUCCGCUGAGGUGAAGUUUGCCGUGCAUGCAUUUACUGCAGUCAACAGCAACAACUUUGUGCGCUUCUUCAAGCUGGUGAAAGGAGCCUCGUACCUGGCCAGCUGCCUCCUGCACAGAUACUUCAAUCAGGUCAGAGCUAAGGCCUUGAAGACCAUGAACACAGCCCACACUGUGGGUCCACGAUCAACAGCGUUUCCAGUUGAGGACUUUGUUCGGAUGUUGAUGUUCCGCAACACCGAAGAGGCAACUGACUUCAUCCAGGAGUACGGCCUCAAUGUGAACGAUGGUGUGGUAGAGCUGAGUCGGAUAGCCUAUCAGGAGCCAGAGCUGACUCUGUCCCAGAAGAAGUCAGAGGUCAUCCUCGCAAAGAAAAUGAUGUUGAUUGGAGAGGUGGUGAACGGAGGCCCCCUCCCCAACCCUCUCCAGCACACCCCUGUCUGCAGCUUUGACUCCCAGAACAAAUACAGAGGAGAAGGCCCUCUGGCUGAGCCCACUUCAAGCCAGUCCAAAGCUAUUGCAGCCAAGGUGGAGGUUAAGGCACCGCCCAGCGUUGAGUUGCUUACGCAGGUGGUUCCAGACCUGCCCGCUGUGUUUGGAUUCCCUCCAGUUGUCUCAGGUGAGACAGGACCGCCUAGUGAGGCGUUCCCCGGCUCGGCCCACCCAGCAGACGCCCAGCAGCUGUUCCAGCCCAUACCUCAACCGCAGCCUGUCAAACCGCCGUCACCUCCACCCAAACCUCAGCCGAUGUACAGCAAUGAGGACAUCAUGGCUGAACUCCUCUGUGUGAUUGAAGAGGUGGUUGGAGCAGCAGUGAGGGAGGUGGCAGUUGAUGGUGGCAGCUACGCCAUAACAGCUCUUUCGGAGAGCGGUGUGCAGGUGGAGUCUCUGGUGAGCGAGGUGUUGGGACAGAUGCUGCAGGAGAUGUCCUCCACCGAGCUCAAGCUGGAGCAGGAACAUGUCGCUGAAGAGAAACGCAAGCUUGAAGAAGUCAGGAGGAGGCAGGAGCAAGAGGCCUUCCUGGUGCAGUUCAGCUUCUCGCUCUGCUCAGAGCUGAUCUACGAAGUUUUAGACGAGACCAUCGAGGAGACGGCCACCUCUGAGAUCCAACGAGCAAAGAAUGAGAAAGCAAACCGCGUCGCUAAAUGCACGGAGCAGGUGUGUACCAGUCUACUUGAGGAGACUUUAGAUGCAGACAUCGCUCUGUUGGUUGAAGACAUCUUUGAGAUUGAGUUGCAACGCAUCCACAAGUACAUCAAAAGGUGGCGCGAUGUGGUCGCGGUACGUCGGCAGCUGAAAAGACAGAUGAGAGGUUUCCCUGCAGCUCCUUGCUGCGUGGACCCUCGUUACAAACUGAAGGCUCUGGCUCCCAGCGCCCCCGCACAGCCCUCCAUAGCAGAUCUGGCCCGAGGUGUGGUCAACCUGGGAAACGCCGGCACACUGGCCCUCUCCAGCACCAGGUUGUUGAAAAUGAGACAAGAAGCGACCCACCAGAUGAGAGUCCACUUCUACUAUCAGCAGCUGCUCUAUGAGUCCGUGUGGGCGCCACUCGACCUGCCAGCACUGCUGACAGAAAAUAUCCCCAACCCACCGGACCGAAUCUUCUGGAAAGCGGUUCUCCUCUUGCCGAGCGACCACGAGAGUGUAGCCAGCCCGGCAGACAGGAUCCUGUCGGACUGGCUGGAGGUGAAGCUCGGUGGCAAGGAGUCAGAGGGGAGGGAGGAGCAGCCAGACGGCACACUGCAGACCCUCUGUGUCAUCAACACACUCCAGGAUAAAGGACAACGCAGCCACAAAGUCCACAUCAGCAUCAAGGCGUCCCGAGGCCCUCUGUCUGAAGACGGCCUGUCCAAGGCGGAGGAGUGCUGUGAGCUCCAGGGGACAGGAGGUCUGAUGGUGUUGCUCCCCGCCAUGCCCAUCGUGGAGCCGGGGCAGGACGAGCAUGAUGUACCUCUGCUGUCUGCCCUGCUUCAGCUCAAACAGCUACAGCAAGCCAGCAGCUGGCACUGCCCGCUGCCUCUGGCCAUUCUGGUGCCAGGGCCUGAGUGUGGCACUGGGGAGGCACAGGACCUUGAAGAAGCCCUGAUGCUGCACACGCUGGUCCAGGAAGGUGUGAUAUCAGAGUACACGUUCUUCUUCAUACCUGAGACCACAAGUGACCUGCAGGGAUCCAAACAGCUAAUCCAGGCUAUACGUUGGCUGCUGGCCCGUGCUCCACCCCCCUCCCCGCUCUCUUGUCAGACCCUGGUGCAGUUCGUAGAGGCCAGUUUGAGUCGUGAGUUCAGUCCCAGAGUUUACGCCCACCGCCAGGAGCGUGGCGCAGCGUGUCUUCCCUUCCAGGACCCGGCGCCUGUUAUCCAGCUGUACAACGCCGUCCUGGCUCACAUUGCUGACCAAGUGUCGUCCCAGGAUCUCAGUAGACUCUCGUGGCCGCCAGGCGAGUUCUGCCUGCCUGAUUCCAGUGACUUUGUCCCUCAUCUGGGCUGGAACACUGCUGAGCACCUGGCCUGGUUACGCAAAGCAGUCCUCAGCCUGCAGCUGCCACAGUGGAAGCAGAUCUCUGCCACAGACUCGUGGUCUGAGCUCUGCUCCUCCAUCUUCCACUACUCUGCUCAGAUCCCAGUCUCACGACGCAGUCAGCCUCUCCUAAUGUCACGGCUGGAAAACCUCCUGGAAAGGGUCAGGCUCAAGGGUCUCCAUACCCGAACCCCCGGAUCCAGGUUAACCAUGGGCAGCUUUAGCGAGGGAGAAGAGAAUGUGUGUCCAGCCUUCAGUCAGAUUCCUUGGGACGACUUGCUGGUGAUCUGCAUAGACCACAAGCUGAAAGACUGGCACAUCCCCGGACCGCCCGUCUGUGAAGAUGCUGUGACGGAUGAUGGGGAGAUCCUGGUUUACCUCCCCGCAGAGUCGCUGAAGGGUUUCAAGCCUCCUGAGGAAUGGACCCAGGUCAUCAGACAAACCCACAGAGAGAAGCAGCAAGAGAGGGAAGGGGCAGGUGCAGCUGCUAGUGCCACGCCCAGCAGUCUGUCCCUCAGACAGAGGUUGUUCCACAGUCUGGUGGAUCCUCUCAAGGGCACGACAGCCCCGCUGGACAUCACGCACAUUCCCACAGCACCAGAGCUACUGGCCCACAAAGUCCUCCAGAGCUUAAAGAAGGAGAAGGCUGAAAGCAAAAGGAGCAUGGAGCAGCUUCAGCAAUGGCUGGAUGGCGACCCAUUGGAGCAUUUGUCCACACCGCUUUUCAUUCCAUCCUCCACUCUGUUGUGCACAACCAUGACGCAGGCGCCCACAGCCAAGCCUCGAGGAGCCACUCUCACACAGGAGCCAGAUCCUGAUGAUCUGUCGGACAAAGCAGCCCGGUCUAAAACCACGCCUGUAUCUAUGGCAUGGCGAAUUAAGGAACUCGAACGACAGAUUUUGGCGAGCCAUGAGGAAGAACUGGCUUGCAGACUGAAACUCAGUGGUCUGCUGAGCAUUGUUGAUGACUGAUGAACUGUUGAAGGAAAGAACAAUUGACUCUACAGCUAUGCAGAUAUUUGAAAAAUUAAGAUAAAUUAAACUUCUCCAUGCAGUGGCCAUCUGUGGCAUACUGAGUUCUCUGGAAAGUCUGUGUCACACCUUUUAAGUAUUGUUAUUGUAUUUGUAAAACCAGCUAUCCAUAGAAUGGCUUGUUUGAACCAAUUUUUGUAUUGUUGAGUUAUGAAAUCAUGUAACAGCUGAAUUAAAGUGUCAUUUUCAAGUAAACUUCC